AUGGGAAACGAAGCAUCGACGCCGGUAUCCGAGGACGUGCCUCCUAUCACUUUGACAGCACGUACCGUUGAGGCUGUGGCAGAUUAUAUCAAGAAGAACAAUGUCAAGAGGAUCGUGGUAAUGACUGGCGCAGGCAUAUCUACCUCAGCAGGUAUUCCCGAUUUUCGUUCUCCUAAUACGGGUCUAUAUGCAAACCUCGCGAGACUGAAUCUUCCGUAUGCUGAAGCCGUGUUUGAUAUAUCAUACUUUCGAAACAACCCGCGACCGUUCUACGAGCUGGCCCAUGAACUUUAUCCUGGCAAGUACAGACCGACGGUAACACAUUCCUUCAUCAGCCUGUUGAACAAGAAAGGAAUGCUGCUAAAAGCAUUCACGCAGAACAUCGACUGCCUCGAACGAGAAGCAGGUGUUCCGGGGGAUAAGUUGGUUGAGGCUCAUGGUUCUUUUGCAACACAGAGAUGCAUUGAUUGUGGCACUGAGUUUCCUGAUGAUCGAAUGAAAGACACUGUUGCUAUAAAGGAGAUCCCAUAUUGUGAAAGAACAAGAUGCGAAGGUUUGGUCAAACCAGACAUAGUCUUUUUUGGCGAAGCCCUACCCGAGUCCUUCCAUCGCAGUCGAAGUCUCCCUGCCUCAGCUGACCUUGCGAUCGUGAUGGGUACUAGCUUGACCGUCCAGCCUUUCGCUAGUCUACCAUCCUUUGUAAGAGAAGAAACUCCUCGUAUAUUGAUUAACUUGGAAAGGGUAGGGGGUCUAGGAUCCAGAGCAGAUGAUGUACUGCUCCUUGAAGAUUGCGACAGUGGUGUAAGGAAGUUAGCUGACGCUUUAGGGUGGCGCGACGAAUUGGAAGAACUUUGGGAAACAACGAACCCGAGCAGAUCUGAAAGAAAGAAACAAGAAGCCAAGCCCAAGGAUAAGCAAGCAGAUCUGGACGCCAGGAUUGAAGAGCUUACACGGGGCGUGGAUAAAACACUCAAGUUGUCGGAAGAUCAUCAGAGACAGUUUGAAAAAGACUUCGCAAAGCGGCCUGAUACUGGAAAGCUCGAUGUUCCUGCUGGACUUGCUAAGUCGGUCACCGCAGCUGAACACAAGAAGCAAAGUGAGGGUGAGGUCAAUGAUCGAAAAUCAAACGGAUCAGAUCUGAGCCAUAUAUAUCCUCAUCUUGAUUCCAAAUCGGUCGAUAAGCCCUCGCUUUGA